UCCCUCUCUGUCAUCGCUGCAGCCGUCCCCGCAGCCGCCGCGCGGCAAUGCUUGCACAGCCACAGCCGCGACGGUCCGCUCUUACCACCGGUUUGUCAAAGGAGGACAGCGGAGGACGUACUGCCAGCGGAGCAAGGUGGAGGGAGCCCAAGCCAUCGUCGGGAUCGCCGUUGGUGUAGUACGAGACGACGAUUACUACUACCCAGAGAGAUUGAUACCUGGUGCAGAUAUGGCGGCUGCGCUAUGGAGUUCUUGUUCAUUGGCGACUUCAUCUUCAUCUUUGUUGUCCCUUCUUCUGCCAUCGCUGGAGCUUGAAGGGCUCGGAGUCAUUAGCAAAGCUCUUUCAUCUCUCAGUUGGUGGAGAAUUACCGCUUUCGUCUUUUCUGUCCUUCUCCUCACUCUGUACGUCGAGUUGGAUUUCCAUUUCGUCGGCGAUGCGCUGCGUUUAUUCCGACCUUAUCCAGUCCGAUUAGUGUUCGAUCCGACGUCCAAGCUGGCAGAGCAAAUUUUGUCAAAGUGUUCGUUCGCUGGGGGAAAGUUCAAGCCGACGCCAUGGAUGUGCAGUCCCCACCUCCAAACCUUCUUUCUCCAUCGAUUGUCGGACGCACCGGCCAUCGCUUACACACGCGAGCUUCUGCGCACGAGCGAUGGCGGCACAAUAGCGCUAGACUGGGCAGAUCCUCUCGUUCCUCCGACCUCCUCUUCAUCUCCAUCAUCACUCUCCUCCUCCUCCUCCUCCUCCUCCUUCUCCAGUAGAACGGGUGCGAUAGGAGAUCAAGAAAAUGCCAUCUCUCGACGAGAUCGAAUCUCUGCUACCUGUUCUUCGUGUCAUUGCCGAUCUAAAGCAGAGGCCGACGUAGUAGUACUCCGACGCCGCGGACAAGGAGAAGGAGGAGGAGGAGGAGAAGGAGGAGGAGGAGGAGGAGGAGAAAGAGAAGGAGGAGAAAGAGAAGGAGGAGAAGGAGGAGGAGGAGGAGGAGGAGGAGGAGGAGAAGGAGAGAGAGGUCAAGCAAAAGGGGGAAGAAAGAGGGAAACGGAAGAUGGUUUCUUGCAAUGUGACGGCUAUGGUGCUCGUUGUCGAUCUGACGAUGGGAGAGAAGAAGCAGAAUGGAAAAGAGGAAACCAAAUGGAUAAGGAUGAGUAUGAUGAUUAUAAUCACCGUCACCGGCAGCAGGAGGAGGAGGAGAAGCAGGUGGUCGAGGAGGAGGAGGAGGAGGAGGAGAAAGAGACGACUCCUCUGGUUGUCAUUGUGCCUGGCUAUCUGAGCAGCUCCAGCAAUGCCUACGUUCGUCGGAUCGUGCAUGCCUGCGGAUCCAACGGCUGGCGUUCCGUCGUCGUCAAUCAUCGCGGAUUGGGUGGUGUAUCGUUGACCUCAACGGUAUUUUACAACGCGGGAUGGACGGAUGAUCUUCGGUUCGCGCUCGCUCAUUGCCGCCGACGGCGGCCUCGAUCGCCAAUCCUCGCGGUCGGGACCAGUCUGGGCGCCAACAUCUUGGUGAAGUAUUUGGGAGAGGAGGGUGAUAACUCUCUCGUCUCGGCCGCUGUGGCCGUCAGCUGUCCGUUCGAUCUGCUCGUCUGCGACCGCCACAUGAACCGCUCCGCUCUCUACCGCAUGUACAGCAAACUGCUCACUCACGGCCUACGCUCCUUGGCCCACGUGCACAAGGAGAAAUUUUCUGAGGUCGCAGAUUUCGCUGCCUUAUCCAAAUCCCUUACCGUUAGAGAAUUCGACGACCGACUUACUCGAAUCGGCAAGUUCCAGACCGUCGAUACCUAUUAUAGGAAAUCUAGUUCCUCCCAAUUCGUGCUGUCAGUCGCUCGCCCGCUGCUCUGCAUCAACGCUCUGGAUGAUCCUAUCUGUUCGAGAGAGGCCAUUCCUUGGGACGAGUGCAAGUCGAAUCCAAACGUCAUCUUAGCGACGACGAAGAGAGGUGGUCAUCUUGCUCAUUUCGAAGGAUUUCGAGGAAACCGGCUAUGGUGGAUGACACCGGUCGUGGAGUUUCUUGAUGCUUCCCUCUCCCUCUACUUGUCUUCAACGAGAGAAGGAAAACCCUCCUCCUCCUCCUCCUCCUCCUCCUCCUCCUCCUCCUCCUCCUCCUCCUCUUCUUCGUCGGAUAGAAUGUGCGGCCUGUCCCCGACAAAGGCGAAGCUUGGGAGGAGAAUGGCUAUUGCGGAUUUCGAAGUCGAAGGCUCUGCUUGGGAGGAGAAUGGCUAUGGCGGAUUUCGAAGUCGAAGGCUCUGCUUGGGAGGAGAAUGGCUAUGGCGGAUUUCGAAGUCGAAGGCUCUGCUUGGGAGGAAAAUGGCUAUGGCGGAUUGGGAUUGGACCCGCUCGGUAGCCAUCGCCGCUCUUCGGUACUUAGUCGUCGUUUUUCGCUUCUCUUCAAUGGCUAUCAAAGUGCGUAUCGUCGAUACCUGACAAGGCCGAAGCUAUGGUGGAUUUCGAAGGCUCUGCUUGGCAGGAGAAUGGUUAUGGCGUUCCGUUUGUCGAAGAUUACAGCCUUUGAUGCUUACCCCCUGCCCCUGUUGAGAUCACAGCCCUCUCUACCUAUUUGGACAGCCCCUACGCAUCAACACGCUUGGGACAAAGCGCAGGCGGAAGGGUCCGCAGGUAUCAGCGGGACAAAGCACGGAGUCCCAGCGGGAAGGGUCCGCAGGUAUCAGUGGGACAAAGCACGGAGUCCCAGGGGGAAGGGUCCCCAGGUAUCAGUGGGACAAAUAACAGAGUCCCACGGAAGAAAGGUUGACGAUCGGCUCCCGUGUGCGACACGGCAUGUGCUCUACUCCGAGGAGAUCAGGAAAAGCUGUCCGUCUUCUCAUCGGCCUUCGGCUUGUAGGCUGCCUAUAUUGCACUUGAGGCUCAUCAGGUUGUUUGUCUGCACACGUGCGCGAACGGAGGCAGCGAGGAGAGAGAGAGAGAGAGAGAGAGAGAGAGAGAGAGAGAGAGAGAGAGAGAGAGUGAGAGAGAGUUGUGUAUGUGAGUACACUUUGUGCAAAUGUGGGGUAUUUGCGUGAGCAUGUGAGGUAGACCGGUGGCAGCUAGCUAGAUAGAGAGAGGCGAGAGGUAGACGAAUAGACACAGCU